CAGAAAGCUUAAUUUCUUGUCCAAUGAUUCUUGCAUGUGAUGAUGCCACCUGUUACCUUCUUCUCCUGCCACUAAAUUUUUGAUUUCUUACAACAAAUGAGUGCUUCACAUUUGUACCUGUAAUCACUUAAAUCAAAAUAUCCACUUACUUCAAUUUCCUUUAUCAUCUUCCUCAAACAAAAAAUUAAAUCAAAAAAUUAAAUUAAUUGACUAUCCCAAAUUAAAUCACAUUUGUGCAAAACUAAAGCUGAUUUAAUUAUUGGUGAGCUAAAUUCAUGGCUUCAACAGUGUUAUACAAUUCAUUAACUACUUCAACAACUGUUUUCUUAAGAAGCCACUUACCAAUUUCAUCAUCAUCUCCAAACGAUGAACUUCAUCAUCAAUCUUCAGUGAUCAGUAACUGUAACUACUACUUGAAGAAAUCAAGUUUUGGUGGGCAACGAAAGAAAUUAAAAGAGAAUAAUAAUUACGUCAAGGCGGCAGCGGUGGCGGAGUCCUUAAAAACUUACCCCAAUGAGGUGGCCGGAGAUGUACCGGAAAAGAAGCUGCGGAUUCUGGUUGCCGGCGGUGGGAUCGGUGGGCUGGUGUUUGCGUUGGCGGCGAAGAAGAGGGGAUUUGAUGUGAAAGUGUUUGAGAAGGAUUUGAGUGCGAUAAGAGGAGAAGGGAAAUACAGGGGACCUAUUCAGGUACAAAGUAAUGCUUUGGCUGCUUUGGAAGCCAUUGAUAUGGAUGUUGCUGAGAAGGUUUUGGCUGCUGGUUGUGUUACUGGUGAUCGGAUUAAUGGCCUUGUUGAUGGGGUUUCUGGUAAUUGGUACGUCAAAUUUGAUACCUUCACUCCUGCAGUGGAGCGGGGUCUUCCAGUCACUAGAGUCAUUAGCCGUAUGACAUUGCAACAAAUUCUUGCUGAAGCCGUUGGAGAAGAGGUGAUUACGAAUGAGAGUAAUGUUGUGGAUUUUAAGGAUGAUGGAAACAAGGUCUCUGUGACGCUUGACAAUGGGAAGACUUUUGAAGGAGAUCUCCUAGUUGGAGCUGAUGGAAUAUGGUCUAAGGUGAGAACAAACUUGUUCGGGCAUUCAGAUGCUGUUUACUCAGGAUACACUUGUUACACGGGCAUUGCAGAUUAUGUGCCUGCGGACAUUGACUCCGUUGGGUAUCGAGUAUUUCUGGGGAACAAACAGUACUUUGUUUCAUCAGACGUGGGUGGAGGCAAGAUGCAGUGGUAUGCAUUUUACAAGGAAGCCCCUGGUGGUGUUGAUCAGCCUAAUGGUAUGAAACAAAGAUUGUUUGAUAUAUUUGAGGGAUGGUGUGACAAUGUGAUUGACGUAAUCAUUGCUACGGAUGAAGAGGCUAUUCUUCGACGUGACAUUUAUGAUAGAACACCAAAGUUAACCUGGGGGCAGGGUCGUGUAACCUUGUUGGGAGACUCGGUACACGCUAUGCAGCCCAAUUUGGGACAAGGGGGAUGCAUGGCCAUCGAGGAUAGCUAUGAGCUUGCUCUUACACUUGAUAAAGCGUGGCAAAAGAGCGUUGAAUCUGGAAGACCGAUUGAUGUUGCUUCCUCACUUAAGAGUUAUGAGGGAGCAAGAAGACUUCGAGUGGGUGUAAUUCAUGGAUUGGCUAGACUGGCAGCAGUGAUGGCAACAACUUACAAGUCUUAUUUGGGUAUAGGACUUGGUCCUUUGUCGUUUUUGACGAAAUUAAGGAUACCUCAUCCUGGAAGAGUUGGUGGUCGGUUUUUUAUAACUCCAGCAAUGCCUUUGAUGUUGCGUUGGAUUUUAGGUGGUAACAGUGAAAAACUUGAAGGAAGGAUACCAUAUUGCAGUUUGUCAGAAAAAGCAAGCAACAACUUACAGAGAUGGUUUGAGGAUGAUGAUGCAUUGGAGCGUGCUCUUACUGGAGAAUGGACUCUCCUUCCCCAAGGAAGUGUUGCCGGAUCUUUGAAACCUAUUUGUUUGAGUAGAAAGGAAGACGAGCCAUGUAUAAUUGGGGGAGUAUUUCACAAGGAUUCAUCCGGUAUGUCAGUAGCUUUGUCUUCACCUCAGAUUUCAGAAAAACAUGCUCAAAUCACCUGCAAGAACGGAGCAUAUUUCGUGACUGAUUUGGGUAGUGAACAUGGAACGUGGAUCACUGAUAACGAGGGCAGAAAUUAUAGAUUGCCGCCUAAUUUCCCAACAAGAUUUCAUCCCUCAGAUGUCAUUGAAUUUGGCACAGACAAAAAGGCUGUGUAUCGUGUUAAAGUGAUGGCUACACCUCCAAAGGCGUCACAAAACUCGCCUAGUGCAGCAGUACUGCAGACAGCGUGAAAAUUACCAUGUCAAAUGUUAGUUGAUAUGACCUCUAUGUACAGGAUUCAUCAAGGAGAUUGGAAAAGUACGUAAUCUCAUUCUAAAUCUCCCACCAUACAUAAUUAGAAGCCAGAUUCAUGUAGAUGGUGACAUGAUCUUCUAAACUCUUCCUGUUGUAUCAAAUUUUUUCGGGUUUUGAAGAUUGCCUGAUCGUAAACAUACAAAUGUAUAUAUUGAUAGAAGUUUUGCUUCAUUAUUGAUAUAGUCCCUGCUAGCCUGCAUCUUCUUUCAA